UUGACGCGGCAAAAAAAAAGGGGGGGACUAUGAAUCGCUUGCUUAGCCGAGACCCUGUGGAUAUUGAGAAUAUUUUAGCUCUCAACCCCCGUAUACAAACUCAUGCAUCUUUCAGUUCAACUGCAGCAAAGAAACAUGAGAAAAAGCAGUGGAAAAGGAAUGCAGAUAAAAGCUGUUCAAACUGUGAGAAACUGGAAAAUAAUUUUGAUGACAUCAAGCAUACGACUCUUGGUGAGCGUGGAGCCCUUCGAGAAGCAAUGAGGUGCUUAAAGUGUGCAGAUGCCCCCUGUCAGAAGAGCUGCCCAACUAAUCUAGACAUCAAGUCAUUUAUCACAAGCAUUUCAAACAAGAAUUACUAUGGAGCUGCCAAAAAUAUCUUUUCUGACAAUCCACUUGGACUGUCAUGUGGGAUGGUAUGUCCAACUUCUGAUCUUUGUGUGGGUGGAUGCAAUUUAUAUGCCACUGAGGAAGGACCAAUUAAUAUUGGUGGACUGCAGCAAUUUGCUACAGAAGUAUUCAGAGCAAUAAACAUUCCUCAAAUUAGAGAUCCCUCCUUGCCACCACUGGAAGAUUUGCCUAAAUCCUAUUCUGCCAAGAUUGCUCUUCUUGGAGCAGGACCUGCAAGUAUAAGUUGUGCCACGUUUUUGGCUCGACUGGGCUAUUCAGACAUUACCAUUUUUGAAAAGGAAAACUACGUUGGUGGUUUAAGCACAUCUGAAAUCCCCCAGUUCCGACUACCAUAUGAUGUAGUGCAUUUUGAAACUAAGCUUAUGAAGGACCUCGGAGUGAAGAUCAUCUGUGGCAGAGGCCUUUCAGUGGAUGGACUGACCCUCAGUGCUUUAAAGAAUGAUGAUUACAAAGCAAUCUUCAUUGGAAUUGGUCUACCAGAGCCAAAGAAAGAAUCUGUAUUUCAGGGACUGGGAAUGGAAGAAGGAUUUUAUACAUCAAAAGAUUUCCUGCCACUGGUGUCUAUGGCAAGUAAACCAGGAAUAUGCGGCUGUCGCUCUUCAUUGCCAUCAAUACAGGGAACAGCGAUUAUUCUUGGGGCAGGCGAUACUGCCUUUGAUUGUGCAACAUCAGCUUUGCGCUGUGGAGCUCGUCGUGUUCUUGUGGUCUUCAGAAAAGGAUUUACUAAUAUACAGGCUGUCCCCGAGGAGAUGGAGCUUGCAAGGGAAGAAAAGUGUGAAUUUCUGCCUUUCCUUUCUCCCCGGAAGGUUAUAAUAAAAGGAGGAAAGAUUGUUGCUAUGGAAUUUCUCCGGACUGAACAAGAUGAGGAUGGAAAUUGGAAUGAAGACAGGGAGCAGACUGUCCGUCUGAGAGCAGAUAUAGUGAUUAGUGCCUUCGGUUCAACCCUAAAUGAUCCUAAAGUAAAAGAAGCUCUGCAUCCUCUCAAGUUUAACAGUUGGGGUCUCCCUGAAGUUGAUCGGGAAACCAUGCAGACAAGUGAACCAGGGAUUUUUGCAGGUGGAGACAUCAGUGGCCUGGCCAACACUACAGUAGAAUCAGUGAAUGAUGGAAAACAAGCUUCCUGGUUCAUGCACAAAUACAUACAGUCUUUAUAUGGUGCCUCAGUACCUGCUGUACCACAGCUGCCUCUUUUCUAUACACCGAUGGACUUGGUAGACAUCAGCAUAGAAAUGGCUGGUCUCAGGUUUUCAAAUCCUUUUGGCCUUGCCAGUGCAACUCCAACUACAAGUUCAUCAAUGAUCCGCAGAGCUUUUGAAGCAGGAUGGGCAUUUACACUCACCAAAACUUUUUCUCUGGACAAGGACAUUGUAACAAAUGUUUCUCCAAGAAUAGUACGUGGAAACACCACAGGUGCCAUGUAUGGACCGGGCCAAAGUUCCUUCUUGAACAUUGAGCUCAUCAGUGAGAAAACAGCAGCCUAUUGGUGCAGGAGUAUUACUGAGCUGAAGUCAGACUUCCCAGACAAAAUUGUCAUUGCCAGCAUCAUGUGCAGCUAUAAUAAGAACGAUUGGACUGAGCUUUCAAAAAUGGCUGAGGCUUCUGGAGCUGAUGCCCUGGAGUUAAAUUUAUCAUGCCCGCAUGGUAUGGGAGAAAGAGGCAUGGGCCUGGCUUGUGGACAGGAUCCAGAACUGGUGCGCAACAUCUGUCGUUGGGUGAGACAAGCUGUUCAGAUUCCUUUCUUUGCCAAGCUGACUUCAAAUGUCACAAGCAUUGUGAACAUUGCAAGGGCUUCCCAAGAAGGUGGUGCAGAUGGUGUUACAGCCACCAACACUGUGUCAGGGUUGAUGGGACUGAAAGCAGAUGGCACGCCUUGGCCUUCUGUAGGACUCAGGAAAAAGACCACGUAUGGUGGAGUAUCAGGAAAUGCCAUCGGACCAAUAGUUCUUCGAGCAGUUUCUGCAAUUGCUGGGGCUCUUCCUGGUUUUCCUAUCUUAGCAACAGGAGGCAUUGACUCAGCUGAAAGCGGAUUGCAAUUUCUUCAUAGUGGUGCUACUGUUUUACAGGUGUGCAGUGCAAUUCAGAAUCAAGACUAUACUGUAAUUGAAGAUUACUGCACAGGGCUGAAGGCUCUGCUUUAUCUGAAAAGCCUUGAGGAACUUCAGGACUGGGAAGGACAGAGCCCACCAUCCAUACAGCAUCAGAAAGGAAAACCAGUGCCCAAAAUUGCUGAGCUGAUUGGAAAGAAACUUCCCAGUUUUGGGCCCUACCUUGAACAACGAAAGAAGAUAAUAGCUGAAAAUAAGCUGAAACUAAAGAGACAGAGCAACCUCCUUUCCCAGCUUGAGAGAAAAUGUUUUGUUCCAAAGAAGCCCAUCCCAGCAGUGAAGGAUGUAAUUGGAAAAGCACUGCAGUAUACUGGAACAUAUGAAGAACUCAGUAAUACCGAACAAGUUGUGGCUGUGAUUGAUGAGGAAAUGUGUAUCAACUGUGGCAAAUGCUACAUGACCUGUAAUGAUUCUGGCUACCAGGCUAUACAAUUUGAUCCAGAAACCCACCUGCCCACUGUUACUGACAGUUGUACAGGCUGCGCUCUGUGUCUCAGUAUCUGCCCUAUUAUUGACUGCAUCCGAAUGGUUUCCAGGACAACCCCUUAUGAAGUAAAGAGAGGCCUGCCCUUAGCUGUGAUCCCCGUGUGCUGUGGAGAUCAGACCAACAGUUAAAGGGAAACUUCUAUUUGCUUGAUUCUAUUGAUUUGCUUUCUAAUUAGUACCAGCCAGUCCAGCACAUUUUAGCAAGCAGAAGCAAAGAUGGAAAGAGAAGGAAAGGUAGAGAGAGAGAGAGAGAGAGAGAAACCUAAUGCACUAAUGAGAGGCCAUAUAAAGCUGGCUGAAUUUUCCAAUUUAUUUCCCCUCUCUUUCUCUUUCUGAUCUUCAGACAGAUAACAGUUAGUUUGCUCGAUGUAACUUGGCUUUGCUUUUCCUAAGAUGCAUAACUUUUUUUUCUCUCUCUCUCCCUUUCACAAAUUUUUACACGUUCUGAUGAUUUGGGUGAUUUUUCUUCCCUCUGACAACAGAUGAAAUUCAGGGAACUUUUUGUAAUCAUGUAAACCCUAACACAUGGACAAACUUUGUUACCAUGGAAACAUUGGGUAAUUACACAUUUCAUUUCCUUUUAAAACUGGGUUUUAGAAGAUGUAAUUAACUAUAUAACACACAAACAAAGCAUUGUAUAUCAUGGGGGGUAUACUUUUACAGAAAGAUAUAAAAAGAGGGUUAAGCUGCUAUUUCUGAACAAUUAAUCAGUUUUGAUAGUGGCAGCAUCUGGUGCUCUAUUACUGUAGUUCUCCCUAAAUUCUAGUUCUCCCUAAAUGCUACUCUGACUAGGCAUUAAAAAUCGAAUGUGCAAAUACAGUGCACUUUUGUGACUGGAUGUUUUCAGUUGGUAGCACAAUUUUGUUGUUGUUGUUCUGUUAAUGAACUUCCAGUCCCUGUCUAUUAACUCUAGUCUUUCAAAUGUAAAUAUAGGACAUUUUUGUUGCAUCACUGUGUGUUGGCAGAAUGAGGUUAUUCUUGAGGCACUAGCAGAGGACCAAAAGUAAUUGCUUCAAAGUUUCCUUAAGCAAGGUUUUCUGCAAUUCAUACGCACAGUGCUGGACACAAUAAUGUUGUGCUAUCAACCUAGACGGACCAGUGAGGCUCAGAAGACAUGGCCUUUCUGAUCACCACAGAUGGCACCUGACAACAAAUGGCAUCUACUGAAUAUUUCCCAACUGCAAAGUCCAUUUCAUGAUUGAGCUCCACUGGGCCUAAACUGAAGCUCCACAAAUCUUUGGAGAAAGAUGGUCCAGUAAAGACACGGUGAAGUUCUGUCAAGGCAGGAUGUCUAAUAGAUGCACAAGGUAGGACCUCUAAAAGGAACCCAUUACUGUUUCUUACUAUGAGAUCCAUUCCUCCCCAUGAUUCUGGCAUGCAAACUCUCUUGACUUACUACACAGAGAGAAGCAGCCGAUUGGAUUAGUAUAAACAAGGUAAAAGCUGUCCUCACCCUUUUAGGGAUGACCAGACAUGUUAUUGUGAACCCUCAAAAUAGGAGUUCAUCUGAGGGGAAGCCACUAGUGGGAAAUACACAAAGCCUCAGUAGCAGAAAUAUCAGUGCAGUUCGCAAAAGAAGUUAUGAAAUACUGGCUACCCACCAACUAAACAGAAAUCACUAGUAGAAGGGAUUUCUCCUCCUCCUCCUGUGCUUCUGCUACAGCAGGAGUGGGUGUGAAAGCAACGAAAAAUCCUAUCUUCUAAGUCAGAGAUCAUGUAUAUGAUGUUGGAUAAAAUUCUGUAUAUUCCCACACAAGAAGCAAUACAGUAGAAAUGUGCAAACGUUCUGAAACCAUAUUUACUCAAAGCCAUAUCAGUGCUUUAAUAACUUUCUGAUUACAUGAAAAGAUUACCAGCUACAUAUUCUACUAUAAGUACACAAUCAUUUUAAAUUGCAAAAUCUGAGGUAAAUAAUUGUUAGCAUAUCAGUGCCAUAUGUUCCAAAAAUGUUAUUUUGUAUAAUAAAUAUUCAAAAAUAGAACAUGUUUGUUUACCAUAAAACUGAGAUAAGGAUUUUCCACCAUUCUGAAACAGCGUGUUAUCAUCGACUUAUUUCUCAUUCUCAGUUGGGUGUUUUCUUGUACUAAUACUUUGCUAGCUAUUUUAUCCCAAAGAAGCUGCAAGAAAACCAUAUGUUGUUCAAUAUUUAAAAUAGCAAACAUUGUAUCCAUUUCACUGUACUCUCUGCCAUCAACUAAAAAUGCAAAACUUUGAUUGUGCAUAUUAAAUAAUGCUUGUGUUCAAAUUUCUGUAUAUUUACAUAGUUACAAAUAAAUCAAAAUUAAAGAAUAUUAUACAACA